AUGGACAACCUCACUAUUGCAGGACGAAACCACACCAACAGGAAAGGAAACAAGGAAAAUACCCAGCCUGCCCAAGUAACCAAGUCUUUUAUCAAAAGGGACAAAGUCUUUGCUCCUCCAUUCCAGCUGAAAGGCAACCAAAAGGAGGGGAUCGUAGCAAAGGAUGAGUCUCUAAAAGCAAAGGCUAAACAGGUGGACACAAGGCCAUUAUCUGGGGAGGCUCUGAAAAAAGGCAGGUCUGUGCAGACAGAUGUGAGAGCAGCUGCGGCCUCUCGUGUCAUACGCCGAACGCAUAGCCAGGUUUUCCUCACUGAACAGGCUGUCAAGCAUAAGAAAAUGGUUGCAGAGGCUCCCAAUCGACCAGCAGCUGUGGUGCCAUCAAAAGCUGCCCCGGGGAUGUACAAAGGCAAAAUUAUUCAGUCCAAAAUUGGGUCUAUUUGGAAGACAAACAACAUUGUGGGUGCAGCAGAACCCAAACCAGUUGCACCUAAAACAGAGAGCCAAAGGGUUGGAAAUGUGGCCAAAAGGAACAUCUCCAAAUCUGUUGCUGAGUUGCCAGGUGGUGGCAUACAAAAGCCCGUGCUGGCAAGGUGCAAGUCAGUUCCUCAUAGACCGGCACAGGUGGUAUCCAAGCCCGCUGCCAGCAGCCGUCAGCCUGCUGGAUUCUGCUCUGCUCGCCCUCCUGCCAGAACUGCUUCAGCAAGUUUAACUACUAAAAGCUCUAGAAAUGCGACUGUUGCUGGGAAUCAAAACGCAAAGCCAAAGGUGCCUGUGGCUGAAAAGAAAGUUAACAAACCGGCCUUCUCCAGCUGCCUCAGUCAGUACAGAUUUAGUGUGGAGACUGCAGAAGAGAGACGGGCCAAACUGGCUGAGUGGCUGGCGUCCAAAGGCAAGACUCUUAAAAGGCCCGCUAUGGCCACUGCAGCCCCCUCAAAAGUUUCUGCAAAAGAGGAUGAUGUAAAACCUCAGGCUCUUGCUGAGUUCAAACAGGAGCCUGACGCCAGUUCAGAGGCACGUACGCUGGACUCUGCUCCCCCUGCAGCUCAGGAAGCCGAACUGAGCAGCCAAACUCCAGAGAUAAUGAACACUACACUGGAGCUGCUCGAUAGCUCCGAUUCAGGAGUGGAUGACAUUGUCGUGAACCUCUGUGAUGCUUUGGAGGCCAUGAUGACUCCAUCUAAAAGCAGCGAUGGUAAGUUGCGCCUACAUUUGGUAAAAAUCGCUUGUUUUGGAGCUUAUCCUGAUGUCUGUCAUUUGCCUCCAGAUGAACCCGAACAGGUGGUCGAUGAGUGCGACGUUGACCCAAAAGACGAGGAUGUCAGUCAGCAGUUAAAGUUUGAGCAAGUGAAGGAUGAAUCAGAAGACAGUAAUGCAGAGGAAGUGGAUGAUGAUGACGAUGUGGUGGACUGUGAUGAAGAUGUGACCGAGAUGCCACAGAAAAAUGAUGCCUCAGUUAUAAAAUACAGUGUGAAGACCACUCCAUACCUGCAAAGCGUUAAAAGAACGAUCGAAGGUGAGACCUGCGCGAGUUCGGCCAGAAAGAAGAGCGGCAUCAAAGAUCUGAAGUUUCUGACACCUGUGCGCCGCUCCUGCCGCAUCCAGCGGAAAUCCUCCUGCCUGCCCACGAUGCUCGUGGACCACGACCCGUGCGUGUCGUCACUGGCCGAGCUGGUGAGGCUGGACGACGACCCCAACGCCUACAUCUACAGAAAAAAUCCAGCGCUUCUGGAAGAUCUCCCCGACCAGAACGGACUGUGA